GUACCCUGCUCAAUUCGAAUGAAUUAUUCGAAUUUCAUUCGUCCAAUUCGAUCGAGAUCCUUGCAGGAAGACCUCAGCCCACGAAACAAACAGAACAUCCUGGUGCAUUACAUCCUCAUUAGUCUAGCUAGCUACUAGAGAGCUAAAGCUUUCUUCUUCCAUUGCAAAGAGGCAGUGCUGUGCUUGCAUUAUCUAUAUCUCCUUCUCCUGCUGAUCGAAAAGUCGACAAUUUACCUCAUCGAAAAAGACACAAAAACACUACCAUGCCCAUUCAAACUAGCGUCACAAAACUGUUGGGUAUCGAACACCCCAUUGUCAUGGGCGGCAUGACGGGGGUCGGUACCGUCGAAUUGGCCGCCGCCGUAUCCAAUGCCGGUGGUCUCGGCAUUUUUGCCGCUCACAAUGCCGGGAGUCCCGAAGGCUGUCGGCAAUGGAUUCGUCGCAUUCGGGCUUUGACAAACAAACCCUUUGGUGUCAACUUGACUAUUUUACCCACACUGGGGCCUCCACCGCCCUACCAAGAAUACGCCCAAGUCUGUGUCGAUGAAAACGUUCCUAUUAUCGAGACGGCUGGAAGCAAUCCCAAACCGUUUAUUCGAUUCUUCCAAGCGGCCGGCAUUAUCACCAUUCACAAGUGCGUCACCAUUCGACAUGCCCUUUCGGCGGAACGCAUGGGAGUCGAUAUCAUUAGUUUGGAUGGAUUCGAAUGUGCCGGACAUCCGGGAGAAGGAGAUGUGGGCAAUUACGUAUUGCAAGCCAAGGGGGCGCUCGUCUUGAAGAAAACACCCUUCAUCUGCAGUGGUGGUGUCGGCGAUGGCAAACAAAUUGCCGCUGCAUUGGCACUGGGCGCAGAAGGUGUCAAUUGUGGUACUCGAUUUUGUGCCACGCAAGAAUGUCUCUGGCCACAAUCGUUCAAAGAGCGCAUGCUAGACGCCACGGAAGAAGAUACCGUACUCAUGUUUCGACACCUCAAAAAUACUACGCGGGUAUUUGCCAACAAGGUGGCCAAAGAGGUGGAAAGUAUUGAAUUGCAAAAAGGAGCCAACGUGAAAUUUCAAGAUUUGGCACAUCUGGUCGCGGGCAAACGAGGACGAGCCGCCGAACAGGCCGGGGAUGCCGAUGGAGGUAUCUGGACGGCCGGACAAGUCAUUGGACUCAUUGACGAUAUCCCGACGGUCGCACAAUUGAUGCAACGAAUGAUGGCGGAAUGUGAAGACACUAUUCGGGGACGACUGAAUAGUAUGUUGGCAGUGCCAUCAAGAUUGUAGUAGAGAAAUGAUUUUAUUUUGAAGUAGUUAGCAAUGUGUGGAGGUUGUUUAAAAAGGGUACUAGCAAGAUGG